AUUGAAAAGUUGCACGUCCAAAGCACCCUCACCAAAAACACGGUACAGCUCUCUAUAGACAGACAACACCCAAAGAGUCAACUACCACUAACAAAGUCAACUUGUGUGUAUACUAAUACUAUUAUCAAAAGUUAGUUGAUUGAAUAACACUAUGUUCGGAUUAGGCAAAUUAUUAUAUGUGAUAAUAUUCACAAUUAAUGGAAUAGCAGUUCUCAGUGAGGACAGAUUUCUAAAUAGAAUCGGAUGGGGAUCAAGUGCUACUAAUAGUAAUCUUCAACCACAAUAUCAACAAUUUAAUACUGGAUAUGAUGCUAAUGAAGGAUCAUCGGUUAAGACUAGAUUGGUCAAUUUAAUAGGAGCUGUAAGAACAUUAAUGAGAAUACCUUUAAUAGUGGUCAAUAUUGUAAUUAUAUUAUACGAAAUAGUUUGGGGUUAAGUAGGUACACUUUAAAUAUAUAUAUGCAUACUACAGAUUAAU